UUUCCAUUCUUAGAUCUAACAAUCAGCAAUGGCACUUUGGCACAGAGAGGAAGCAGAGUUCUGGCUCGACCCGAGCUACCCGCGAAUUUCUACUCAAGACGCUCUCGACGAAGCAUGGCGCUUGAUGGGAGAGGAAGAAGAAGAACAAGAACAAGAAAGAAAGUCCAUCGUUCAUGUCAAGGUAGAUUCCAACUCUUCCUCCAAUCCUUCGAUCCUCUCGAAAUCGAAGUCGAAGGGAUCGAAGAUUCGCAGUGGCUUACAGAAGGUGGUUAGCUCUAUCUUGAGACUAGGUAGGUCAAAGAAAUCAAGCAGCAAACCUGCUUCUUCUUCAUCAGGUUCUUCAUCUUCCCCUGCUGAUCAGAGUAACGAGUCCUUAACCGGUCCGGAUUCGCCCCGUCACGGACUGGCGAACCACACAGCAACAUGCUUAGACGACGUCGUGCAGAAGGAAACGCAGCGUUUGGUACGUGAUUCCGCCGCUUCUGCUUCCGCCUCCAGCUCCUCGACUAAUACCUCGGAUUCCAGCACCGGGGAAUCCUCAUUCGAAGCGGAUUCGUCAUCGUCGUCAAUAAUGGCGGCGGAUUUUCUGGCCCUUGAGAAGACUCAAGGUGACGGGGCGACGGUGGUCUCGCCUCCUAGGCCGGACUUGGUGAUUAUUGAGACUGUCGAGCUAAUUCUUCCCGUCGUCUCGGAGAAGACGGUGGCUCCGGCAGUUGGCGAUGUGGAGCAGCCAAUGCCACCCUUGGCUGGUUUCGCGAAGAAGAAGAAGAAGAAGAGGAAGGAACCCAAGCGAAGAAGGAGCACGACAUUGCCAAUAGCGUUAUGUUUCCCGGUUCUAUGGGUUUAGCUAGGGGAUAGAGGUAGUGAUAUUGAAAUUAUCUUAGGUAUUGUAGUUAGUUCUUACACAUGACUGAUAGCUCUUUAAUAGAGACUUAGCUUUUAACUCCUUAAAUGUUUUACAUUUCCGUUCAGAUGAUUAAUAACUUCUUAACAAUAAGGAAAAUAGCUCACAACUAUAUAGAGUCGUAGUUUAAUGGAUCACGAUGUUAUUGAGUGAUAUUCGGCUUUAAUAUAUCGGAUUCUUGGACUUUAUGUGAUUAUUCAUGGUAUGUUUUAACCAAUUGGUGCUAUUUUAGGGCUCCCUAACCCGAGAAUGGUUGAAAAAACCAUUACCGCCUAGUGCCAUGAGUUUGAUAUAUUGCAGGUGGAGAAAGCACGAAAGAGGAGCGAGUGCACAAACUAUUCUCGAAGCUGGGCUCAAGGCCCAACUGGAUGAAGCAAUUUUUGGGGCCAUGGAAUUAAUUGGCCCAAAGGAAAAGGAAAAGAAAGGAAGGGACGGAAUUUAAGGGAAGGCAGCAGGGAAAAGAAAAAAAAAAAAAAAAAAAAAAAGAAGGCAGCUUGGACACGUUUUUGGGGAGAGGGAAGUCUUGGACGGAGAGGAAUUUGGUGGGGACGGAUUCUCGAAGGAAAAAAAAAAAAGAAAAAAAGAGGGCGAGAGGACGAACAGAAUUUUAGAGAGGAGGGCGGAAAUUCACAGGGAAAAAGGCAGAGCAGCGCGCAGCUUGGGACGCGAGCAGGCGAUUGUGGAAUUUGGCGAUCGACCUCUUUUCAAGGCUUGAGCUGAGUUCAAUGAGAGCGAUUAGUUGGUUGGAUUUUCUAAACCUAAUUAGUUGUUUCUUGUUGUUUUAGAACAUGAUGAACAAAACCCUAUCGAUUUAUCUUAAUUUCGUCAUGAACUAAACCCCAAUUUCUGGGGGAAACACCAUAGGAUGUAGCUAUUUCUUGAUUUGAUGGAUUGAUUUAUGAUUCUUUUCUUCCAAUCUCUAUUGCAUGAAAUUGCUUAAUGCUUUGUGUUGACUGGCCACCAAUACAAUGAAUCGUAGUUGAUUAGGUUAUUAGCGACAGUGAAACCCUAAUAACUGAACAUAUUUCAUGUGACAUAGUAACUUAUCGAAGCGACAGUGGAUUAAAUAAGGUGCUAUGCGGUCUUAAAUAGGAUAUCGAUCUUCAGGCUAGAUAGUUAAUUCAUUGAGCUACGACAGUAGGAUUUGAAUUGAUUAUUUAGUACGUAGUAAUUCCCGACAGGGAUAGCUAGCACUUUCGUGAUAUCCUGGCUGUAGAGAUAUGGAUUAAAUUGAUUGGAAUAUGUGAAUUAAUCUGGAUAGGAUAGGUAGUGAAUCCCGGUGUUUCUCCCAGAGCUUUCUCCCAUUGAAUUUUCCUCGACAAGUUUACUUUGCUUAAUUAGUUUAGUUAAUUUUGCUUUUAGUUAAUAAUUUCAUCUCGUAAACAUUUUCACAUAUAGUUUGCUCGAAAGAAUUGAUAAAUCAUAAGGUUGUAC